CACCACACCACUAAUACUAAAAAAAACAGUUUCCUGACGAAAUUGGCAAGCAUUGUGAACACCGGCUUACUGGUAUACGAGUCUCGCGUCGCACACUCAUGUCGGGUGGGCAGCGGUGCGCCGCCAACAUCCUCGCCGCCCGAGCGAGUAGUCAGUUCGGCGCCGACAGCCGCCACGCGCACACGUUCCCCUAGUAAAAUGGCCGCUGCUCACACUCACUCGGCCCCCGCGCCCUCCGACCGCCGUCCUGAGGGUCGCGCUGGUUCCCGUCGUAUCUUCCCACCACAAUUCAAGCUACAAGUUCUAGAAGCGUACAGGCGCGACGCUCAAUGUCGCGGCAAUCAACGAGCUACUGCCAGAAAGUUUGGCAUACACCGUCGACAGAUCCAAAAGUGGCUUCAAGCUGAACCUACAUUGCGAGCGGCGCUUUUAAGGCGAGCUCCUCAACCGGCGCCCUCACCACCGCCGUACGCGGCUGGAUCUCCAGAAAGUGCAAGACUGCCAUCGCCGCCGCCUGCCGUGGUCCCGACGCCGAUACAGGUGCCCACUCCGCUGCCGGCGUCCUUGCCGCCUGCGAUGCCCGUGCCGAUACCCACCGCCGCCGAGCCUAUAGACUUGUCCGUGCGUCGACCAUCACCGCCGCCCACGCUGCAUGCCAGCAUCACACAAACUGUGCCUUCCGCUCCAGAGCCGCCGCGGAAACCCUACACGCUGUUCAGGCCUUACCUGCUGGACGACGAGAAGAGGCCCGCGGUGGCGGCGCUGCCGGUGUCCAGCGGCGCGCACGUGUCGGCGUUCGUGCCCGUGCAGAGCGCGGCCGGAUGCGCGCUGGCCGCGUGCCCCGCGCCGCGCUGGUGCGCCGCCAUGCCCUCGUUCCCGGCGCCGCUCAGAUGAGAGGACGCCGCCGGGGCUGAGCCCCACAACUUCUGUGAUCUAGUCGCUGACGCCCGCCUGGCGCCGCCCGGGGCGUAGCCCUCUAUCAACGUGCCUUAACGUACACGCCGCCAUAGUGCAUUAUGCCGUCAUCUCGAGGUGACCGCUUAUUUUUGUGUAUAAGAUUAUAAAAAAAUGUAUUUUUAUAUGUGGGCUUUAUGAAGCGUACCCACAUUUAUGAAGAUUGAUUAUUAUAAUGAUUAUUAUUAUAUUGAAAUAAAUAAAGAGAGUUGUUUACUAAA